GCCGAACACAACAACACUGACAGCUGUCAGAUUCGGUCCGGACCGAUUGCAUAUUGUUGUGCAGGCGAUUUGCUGCAGACGAGAGAAAAACCAACACCAACCAAUCUCCAGUCGGCCCCGAACGUAGGAGCUGUAGCAUUUGCUUAACAAAAUGCUUCUCCUAAAGCGUGCGCUACACACCGCCCACAAACCGAAAGUGUCCGAGGUGCUCACAGCAUAUCUGAAGCAAUGCAACGAACCACCCUGGACGUCCUACUUCAUCAAGCAUGCGGACGUGUACAACGACCAGUUCGGAUGGUCCCACUUCAACUGGACGCUCGAUACGGGCGCAAACUAUCACAUCCUGCGUACCGGGUGCUACCCCUACAUGAAGUACCACUGCACCAAGCGACCCUGGCAAGACCUCACACUGGACGAUCGGUUUUUUCGCUGCAUCAAGGUCGCCAACCUGGGACUACCGCAGCUAUUCUACGGACUGGCGGCCAUGUUUCUUAUACGCCAUACUGAGUACGUCCAGAUGCCGGACGGCCGGGCCCCCGUACCGAUCUACUUCCUGUACGAAGAGGAUAAAGGUUCGAUGUAUUAGUUGCGCACAGUAAAGGCUAGCAGCAAGCACCAUUUUGUUUGCCUCCGUUAUACACGAUUUCUUUGCUCAGCUUCACAUGGUUUCCUUUUUUUUUGUUUCGCCUUUUUUUAUUUUAUUGUGUUUUCAUCAUACUUCCGGUUCGGCCGGGUGUUGUAGCAAACUAAAUACAGGCUCUCUCUUUGCUAGGUGUUUCGUUUGUAAAAGUAUAUGUAUUCGUUUUGUUUCUUCUUUCUUUUGCACAUGGGCUUUUUUUGUGUGCUGUGUGUGUCUUUCUCGCCUGUCCGACCCUCUCUCCCGCCGUCCGUUCCGCUCCCCGCUACGAGCUUUACUCCUCCAAAUAGACCCUACAUCACAACACGGGUGAGGUGACCCGUUGCGGGACGGGGGGUUUUUACGGGGGCGAGAGGGACGCAAGGACGAGCAGACCUUCAACGAUACAUCCACACACACGCAUAUACUAAGCAGACAAAGUAAAGCAAUUUGAAAAAAGGACAGAAAAAAACUCGAAAAGCUCUAAAUAAUUCCCCGUGAAAAGCUAGUCCUACUGUGUGCACUACACCGUUGCGAAUUGGAUGGGUGGGAUGUGAGGAGGGGUGGAGGGGGUGAGGGUUUGGAAUGGAGAAGUGGAGCUGUGGUAAGGUGAUAGAAAUUCGUUUCUACUCUAAACAAGUGCACUGCAGAUGGGGCGGGAAGCACAGGACGAGAAGGACAUCGGGCAGGUAUCCGGUUGGGUGCAAACACUGUGCAAAAGGUAAACCAACUGUUCAACUAUUAUAGUAUACGCCUACUUAGUAAAAAGUAAUAAUACCGUACGAGACCUCAUAAGCCUGGUUUGUUUGCUUUGCUUGGAAAGAAAGUGGCAGCGGUGUCCUCUCGGUUUGUGUGUGGCAACUCCUUACUUCUAACAAGCGGGUGCUCGAAACCGCCUAGUGAGGGACUGAUUACAGAUCAGACCUGAAGGGUCGGUAGCCCCUAGCUCAAACUACUCCAAAAAAAAAAAA